AUGCCGAAUCUCCUACUCGACAUAAUCGGCGAGAUCCUCUCAAGGUUACCCGUGAAAUCCCUGCUUCGAUUCAGGUGCGUAUCACAAGAUUGGCGAUGUUUGAUUAGUGAUUCUUUCUUCAAAACUCUAUACAACAAUCUAUCCACAGAGAAAAACCCUUCUUCUCUCGUCAUAACUGAUAGAACAAACUUUUACACAGUAGAGGACAAUUCAUGUCAUAAACUUGAUAUACCUUUCUUAAAUUCUACCGAAUUAUUGGGGAAUUGGUGGCGUGAAAUCAAAGUCCUGGGUUUGUGCAAUGGAUUGUUAUGUUUUUCGUUUUCAGAUGCGAAUGGGGGGUAUCAAUACAGAGACUGCAUAUACCUGUUGAAUCCAGCGACUCGAGAACUCAAGAAGCUUCCACACAUUCCCUUUGAAAUAUUUCGUUACCAUUCCCCUCGGGUUGGAUUUGGGUUUGAUCCCAUGAGUAAAGACUACAAGGUCGUUAUGAUUGUUUACUAUGACGAUUAUAGAACUGAAUUCAUGAUUAUUCAGAGCAAUGUUUGGGUGUACUCGUCGAAUUCCGAUAACUGGAGAAAACUUGGAGAUGAUAUCCCAGUCGCAGAACUAGACGUGCAAGAUUCACGAACAGCAACAGUUAUUAAUGCUGCUAUUCAUUGGAUGUUAUAUACUUCGUGCUCGAUCUUUUCUUUUGAUUUAGUACAUGAAGUGUUUAGAGAGUUACCGCAACCUCCUGGAAAUAGUGGAAAUAGUUGUUACAGACAUAUGGCAGUGAUGGGAAGAUGCCUUACUGUUUUCUUUAAGCACUAUAAACAAAAUUAUUCCUUGAUCGAGAUGUGGGUGAUGAAGGAAUAUGGUGUUAAGGAGUCUUGGACUAAACAGCACAUCAUUGUCAAUUAUUUUGGUUGGGAAUUUAAACCAAUAGAAUUCAGGAACAAUGAAAUUCUGUUCUGGCAUCAUGAUAAUAAGCUAGUUUUGUACAACUCCAGGAGUAAGACUGAAAGGAAUCCUGGAAUCCAUGGACUUCCAAUUACAACAUUCAAAGCAUAUAGUCACAACGAGAGUCUUGUUACACUCAAGGGUUUGCCAACAAGUUCAAUGGUUAUUGGGCAAAAGGGAAAAGAAGAAGAUUAA